AAUCAACAGGAAACUUGUCGCCGCCGGGCGUGGGAGCGGCCGGCCUCCCAGCCUGCGCGCGUAUAAAGCUCAGCUCCGCUGCUCCCGCGCGCUGCACCCCAUCUGUGCGGCUUGCCCCGCAGGUCAGCCCCAGAGGACAUCAGCUAUAGCCCCCAGGGUCCGAAUGGCAGCAGAGCCACUGACUGAGGUGGAGACAGCCAUUGACACGUUGGUCACCGCCUUCUUCACCUUUGCAAGGCGAGAGGGCCGGAAGGGCAGCCUCAACAUCAAUGAAUUUAAGGAAAUGGCCACUCAGCAGUUCCCUCACCUGCUCAAGGAUGUGGGCUCCUUGGAUGAGAAGAUGAAGAGCUUGGAUGUGAAUGGGGACUCAGAGCUCCGGUUCAAUGAGUACUGGCGACUGAUUGGGGAGCUGGCCAAGGAGAUCAGAAAGGAGAAGGAGACUCAGAAGAAGUCCGGCUGCCUGGGAUAAGAUGAGCAGGACCAGGCAGAGCUCCACUCCCCCCAAAUAAAGCCUUCUCCUUAACACA